GUUGUAUACACGCAAAGCUUUCCAGCUAAAUUCUUGUCAGGUUUAUACGAGUUCAAAGCGAAGGUGUUCAGCUCCAGCGUGGCGAACAAAGGGAAAUUCACGUUGGCUCUUUACGACCUGAUGCAAACGACCACGAUCACCAAGAGGCCCGGGGAAAAGGUCGAGGUGAACGUCGACGUGCAGACGAUCAAAGAUCUGAAGCUUCACAUAACGAAUUUAUUGUCCGGUAAACAAGUCCUCGAGAGCAUCCUCGACAGAAUAAUUAACGGCGCUUGGCAGCCAGGAUUCGUGGUCACCAGACGUUUCAUCAGCGAGCUAGUCUCCACUGCGUUCACGGAAAUUUUCGGCAAAGCCUUCAACGAUUUCCCGUUUGAGAAAAUCAUCAAACCGAAACCGUUCAGUCAAUACUACGAGAGAUAAAUCUAGUUCGAUCGAUAAAACAAUUUAAAUAAUUUUAUACGUGCUUCUUUUUAAAAUACAUAAAUCAGAGAAAUAUUUAAAUUAAUACGAAAUCAGCCGCGAUGGACAGAUACAAAUCGAGACAGAAAUGGAAAGAAACUGGACGUUGUUUAUGCAUGUACGCUUUUUGCAAUGGGAAUGACUCGGAGAAUCGAAGGAACUUUCAAGAAUUUCAAAUCGCUUUACACAUACUUUCCUUCUACGCAUCUGGUGUUUGAAGGCUAAUUAAUUGCCCUGGGAAUAUAUUUCUCAUUUAUUAUCCGAGAACGUUGCAUCACGCAGAUAAAUUUUUCAUUUACAUAGCCUAUUAAAAAUAUUCUUGCCUCGUAACGAGUUCACGUUUGAUAUCUUCAAGUUUCUCGAGCUCCAUGCUUUUGUUAUAGUGAUUAAUUAUGUACUAUUGCAAGAAUAGAUGAAAUAGGACAAACGAAUCAUUCAGCAUCUAUUUACUAUUUUUAAACAUGUAUAUAU